UUCAAAUUUGUUUCCGUUUUCAUUCGGUACGCUAGACAUGGAGCGACCUCAUAACAGUGUGGCGAGGACUCCCCUCAACAGUGUUAUAGUUCAGAGGAGGAGCAAAAGCAAGAACUACCGGCAGUCAUACCGCAGUUGCUUGGGUGCUGCUUCGCGGUUCAGCUUAACUCCAGCGUUGACAGCACGGAGGCUCAACACCAGCAGAAGAGCUCCAAAGUCACAUAAUAUCACUGAGAAGGUGAAUCCAGAGCAUCUGGCCUUACUGUUGAAAAUGGAGUGGAAGCUGUCAUACGUUACUCCUCUGUAUCAGUUCAGACACACGCAGCUCAAGAGCUACUCCAGGCAGCUCUCAGCGUUUAUUGCUGCAGAGAAGCAGCAAGGCAUGGCGGUGGAAGUGGAGGGAUCACACAGCAGCUUCAGAGUGUCCUUCUCUGUGGUGCAGGGAAUGACGGAGACGGAUGAUGAUGCUGAGACUGUCCUCAUCCAGAUUCAUUCAAAGCCUUUGUUUGCCGGCCAGGAUGAACCUCAGAGGUCGGUAUGGAGCGGCUGGCUGACCUGCAUCAACGGCAACCCCGAUUACCUGCGCUCACUUCCGAAAGACUUCAUCUGUCUGCCGCUCUUCGGCAGCAGUGGGCCAGAGGGUCUCACUGCUCUGGUCAAAUCCUGGUUCCAGCAGAACUUUGACUGCUGCUUUGGGCCCCUGGAAAUCAGCCAUACCAGUCUACAAUGGCUGGUGGCAUUAUGGACUAACUGCCACACUGAAUCCAGCAUCCAGCACCUUAAAAUGAUUUGGACUCUUCCAGUUGUGCCACCACUGCAGAUCACCUACACAGUUAACCCCCAAGACGCCUGGGAGCUGUGGAGCAGUGUGAGAAAGGAUCGACAGGAGGAGAAUGAGGGACGGGAGCAGGUUGAAGAGGGAGGUAGUAUUGAUAUUGAGGAGGUGAUGAGGUUCAUGCAGGGGCUGAAGAGCCACUUCUACAGACACUUCAGGCUAGAUCUGUCAGCAGGAAGUCUGAAACAGGUCUCCACAGCAUUGGGUUCAGCCAAGGACAGCGGCAGGGUCAAGAUCUCCAACAGCAGAUACAUGAUCACCACCCUGACACUGCUGACAGAGUGUGCCCUCCUCAAAAUGCCCAUCUAAAGAAUAAAGACCUUAAAUAGCAGCAUUCAUUUGAACAACAGUUACUGCCUGGAAAGACUGGACAAGCAGCUUUGUGUUAAAAUCCCUUUUUUAUGUUAAACCUUUUCUUUUUAAAUAAAAGUGAACCUUUUUUAUUUCACAACAUGAAAUGGAAAUACAUUUUUCACAGUAAUACCUCUAAUGAAAGCCCCACAGAUUGAUAUUCUGGCCACAUUUUCCUUUCAUUUUCAGCACCAAUGAAAUACAGGUAAUCUUGUAGCAGUAAUUAUUAUUAUAACGUAUUAAGGAAAAAGUUCUUGUGUUCCAAGUUUGCCAUGUUUUAUACUUUGUCUGCUGUGCUGUCAGAUGUGCUUAGGUUCCACCCUUUCCUGUAAAUACUAUACUGUAUAUAUUCAUAUCUGUAAAUAACAAUAAACGACGACGCAGUGUGGUUAUUAACAACCUGACUAUCUGAAGUUAACAUGAGGCUACAACAUCCGAGUUAGACAAAUGAAGUGGAUAUUUUCCAAAGUUACAGUCCAGCAAGUGCAAAAAGAGGGAAUUUUGCCACUAUUCAUCCAUCGUCUUAUUGCAUCACAUGUUCAAACUGCCCCGAGACUUCUUGAGUCCUUGAGACAAAACGCCAAUGCGUUUCCAUCCAUGUAACAGGAGAGAAAUACAAUUUACUGAGCUUUGAGAAUUACAUUAUUUUCAAAUGGGACCCUGGUUUAUAAAAUUUAACUAAGGGCACAAUCAACUAGAAGCGACAUAAGACUUCCUACCCCGUUUAGCCCCUCACCCUCUCCCUGAGAA